UGGUGACCAGUGACGUACAUAUUGGUUAGGUUAUUGAAUACAUGUCCGUGUGGAAAUUCCGAGGCUUGGUAUAUGUGUAGACGAAGUUUAAACUGACAUCGAGAACUAGUGAUGGCUGACAGAACAAGUAAUUGGUCUGAUAUGUAUGCAGAGAUUAAGAAGAAUCAUGAUGAAGCCUACUUUGUGAUUGAUAAGGCAAUAAAAUUAGAACAAGAAGGAAACCAAAAUGAAGCAUAUUUAAAGUAUGAAAGUGGCCUGUUGCUGAUCGACAAGGCAUUAAGUAUUCCUAUUGAAUGCCCUUCAAGUCCUGAUUUGACAUGGGAGAAAGCUUCUGUAAUGCUGCAGAAAAUGAAGAAAACAAAGAAAGAAGUACUUUGCAGGAUUGCAGAUGUCCAAGUAACACCAAAGCCACCUGUGGUUCCACCACCAUCAUACGAAGAAGCAGUGGCAUGCCCGAGAUCACCCAUUGCUGGAGCAUCUUCACAACCUUUAUCGACAUACUAUGAUUUGGGAGUAGCACUACAAGAACUGAAAGUUGAAACAGGAGCCAAGACAGCAGAAUUAAUUUAUAUCCAAGAAAAUGUGGACAUCUACUUUAUUUCUCCAGAUGGCACUGUUAGUGCACCAUCAGAACCAGAAACAUUGCAAAUUGUCCAACUAGAAGAUGAGGGUAAUGAAAACAAACCAAGGGCAUUCCUGCAGGUUGGAAGUUGGAUCUAUCCAUUAGUUCCCGGUGUAUCUCCUUGUUAUCGAACAGAUCGUAAUGUAUUCAUCCUGCCUGAUGUUCAUUCUACUAUAGAAGGGUCAGCAGUGGGUUUAAUUUUUCCCGAAGAAGCUGGUGAUUCAGUGUAUGAGUUGUUAGAGGAUAUUUUGCAAGGAAUUGUGACAAGAGGUACAGGAAAAGUGAAACGUUCUGCACAACAAGAGGAUAUAGGCUACCGUUCCUCUAUUGCUCGUGGGAUUGUAACAGGAGCACAUUACAUUUCACAUGGACUCAUAAGAAGUGCAGAAAAAGCAGGUGAACUGAUGAACUAUGGAACUCCUAAAUUAAUCCAAAAGAUAGCCCCUGAACCUGUUCCUCAGCCUGUGAAUCCUAAGGUGAGCCGAGGUCUCCAGGUUGCCAAAGAUGUUACGGGAACUGCUGUGCAGAUCACAGGUUAUAUGGCCUCAAAAAUUGGAAGUUGUACUAUGGCUCUUGGACGAUAUCUUGCUCCUCACAUCCAGAGACAAGGUACUAAACUGUUGUCCUCCACAUGCAACUUAACAGAACUGGAAGCUUCUAAAAAAAUGGAUGGAGUGCUAGAAGUGGCAGCAGGAGCCGUUGGAGGGUUUGGUACAGUGUAUGAUGGUUUGGAAAAGUCUGCAGGAAUUCUUGCAAGCAGUUUGGCCAACAACACUGUAAAGAUUGUGGAACAUAAGUAUGGCCAACCUGUAGGCGAAGCAACUGGUAAUACUUUAUAUGCGGUGGAUAAUGUUGUUAUAGCAGGAAAUAAUGUAAGGCACCUUACCCCGAAAGGAAUUGCCAAAGUCACAGCAAAAUCGACUGGCAAAGCUGUUAUUGAGGAUUACAGAAAGUCUUUACAAAACCACAGUCAUACUCAUGGUGCUGGCCCAUCAUCUAAAAGUGAUUAAAAUAUCCCAAAUGGUGUUCCUCCCUGUAUACUGUAUGAAUGUUCAUGACUGAAAUAUGCUGUGCUAUAUAUGAGACUGAAGAAAUACAUGCUAUUAAUAAACAAUUUGUUCCCCCCCGCCCCAUUAAUGAACAAAUGUAGCUCCAGUAGUUAGCGAGUAUCCAGCUUCCCAAUUGAUGGCCUUUGUCAGAUCUUCUUGCUUCCUAAUGUCAUUCCUGCAACGCAGAGCCUGAGAAAGUGCUCAUGAACCAUAUGAAUUCCUACCUACAUCAUCUAUAUGGAUUAGGUCAAUCCUUGCACUGUUUCGUCAUGUUAAAGAAUACAUGGAUCCUACCAUCUCAAUAAUUGACAUCCCCCAUCCCAACUGAGUAGGUAUUACCUGAAGAUGGAGACAGAAUCCCAUCUCUGAAACAUGUUGUUAAAUAGAAACAGGACGGUAUUUUAGACAAAAUUAAGGUGAUGGAUAAUAUCCAGAAACAUAAUAUUUGUAUUAGUCCUCUUAGUUUAUCAGAGUGGGGCAAGGAAAAAUGAUUUUUUGAAAUGAAAUUAUUUUGAACAAGUUGAAGAUAGGGUAUUACUAAAGUAUUGCUUGUUAAACAUAUAUGUUGAUUAUGAGGCAUUGACAACUUUUUUUUUAAAAUGUGCAACUUCCUUUAUGAUACCAUAUUGGAGUAUGUAAAGCUGUCCAUCACCUGAGUAAUGCAGCACAUCAAAGAAAAUGGUGUCACUUUUAUGUCAGAUUUGGGCUUGAGCUGUUGGUUGGAGUGAAUACAGGUUGAAAGCACCUGUUUGAGGUAAUCCCAUGUGAAGCCUGGAAUUCUUACCAGUUGAGGAAAGGUUCUAAAACCUAGGUGGUUCAGUCAUGAAACGAGUUAUGUAAUACUUUGAUGCUGUUUCUGACUGUGUGGGUCAUGGUUCUGCCCUGAAACCAUAUGCAAUGCAGUUCUUGCUGAUUAUUUUCCAGAGUGAGAAAUGUUCCUGCCUUUAUUCUGUACCAUUUGGAGUUUACUGUUAAAAUAAUGUCUUGACGACUCCAAAAGAUACAGCACUGCACCAGACAACUUCAGAACCUUGUAGUGGUCUGUCACCGAGCUGUCAUGGAUUUGGAUCAAACCAUGACCUGAAAUUUUGCUUGUUUCCAAAGAUACGUACAUAAGUGAAAAUUCAACAUUAAAAGUUCAUGUACAAAUUUGUCAUGAGGUUUAUGGAAUUGCAACAAAACCUUAUCCUUGCUUCGUUGUCAUAGGUGCUCAGUUCUUGUCAGCUUAGUUUGUACAUGGAAUUUAAAAAUCCAUGUGAAGAAUUCUGUGGAAUUUCCCAUAAACAUAUGAGGAAUAUGGGGGUGUUGUCUUGAAGAUUGAAGCAGAAUUUGCCAGAUAUCAGUUCAUACCUGAUUAACAUUUUCAGGAGAUGGAACUAUUGUUUUUGGACUUGAAUCUAUAUCUUCCAACAAAGUUCCGUCUGCUGAACAUUAUAAUCUUUGCAUCAUUGGAAAUAGUGGAAUCAGCCUUAUGGGCAGUCAAAGUCAAGUGGAUUCUUUAUUAUCAGCGAGAGGGGGUUAGCAUAACUUGAAGCAUUUUAUGCAAGUAAAUUAUACAGGAGAGUGACCACUUUAGCAAUGACACCUACAUAUACAAUGUUCAAAUGAGAGUGAAAAUGAAUUUAUGAAUUCAUCACAGUGAACAAUUACUUGAAGUAUGGAGAAUGUAUACUGGUAUUUUUCCAUGGAACUAAUGUAUACAUUAUGGUUAUUAUUUGCAUCUGGAGAAUGUACUGUGUGACUAAGUUCUGAAAUUAUGUGGUGAUAGUGAGGGAACAAAAAUAGAGGUAGCCUACACUGCUGGUAGAAAGAAUGCAAGAAGCUACCAUCUGCUGUCAGUACUCUCAGACAGUGUCUAUAUUGACUAACAAAUUUUCAUAACAAGAAGAAUUACUUGAAAUCUGAAAUUUUCAUUUGUAGACUCCAGUGUUAAUAUCUCAGGUUUGAGAAGGGAUGGAUCUAGUGAAGUUAUGUAGUGCCAGCACUGUAAGGCGAUGCCAUUUGAGUGUGGGAGAGAGGGAGAGAGAUUUUGUCUGCAGCAUUCACAUUACUGUACUUUCUGGGGGGGAAAAAAUAGCUUAUGUCACUUCAUGUCCAUUUGUAAAGUGGGUUUACCAUUCUGAUUUUUUAUUCGUGUAAUAAGUUAACUGAUCCAAGGUAAAUGAUAUGAACCAUCUUUAAAAAGUUAACUAUGCAUUAGAUGAUCACCAGUGAGUUUGUGUGUUGUAGGCCGGAUUUUUUUAUGUGCAAGAUAUACUGGUUUAUUUUUCCCAGGGUAGAUUAAAGUAUCUGUAAAUUUUAAUGGGAAAGCUCUUUAAGAAGAUUGGGUUCAUGGGUUUACUGUGAUAAAAUAACGUGAUAAUCUGUUAAAAGUUGUUUGAAGUUUAAGUAUUAGUUUUUAGUUCAGAUUAUCUGAAAGUAGGUUUUAAGAAAUUUUAUAAACAAUAUUUGCAUGCCAUGUCAUGAGAUGUGGGAAGGUUUAUGUAUGUACCUCUAAGAAUUAUCUUUCUCAUUAAUAUGGAGUAUUCUUAUUGUUUGUAUCCAGUGUGUUUAUCAUUUUAGUAUUUAACUAUACCAUCCUGUUAAGUGACCAUAAAGUAAUAUCAAAUAUUGAUGUGAUAAAGUUAAUAUGCACCAUAUGUUAACAUUUUUGCCAUGUUUUAUACUCAGAUGAUUCUAUGUCAUAAGCAACAAUGACACAGAGAUUCCUGGCUGCUGGGAUGUGAUGCCUUGUAGUUGAGCAAAAGUUUUGCAGCAUUUUGAAAGAAUGUAUUGCCUUCAUCUUCUCCCCUGAAGACUGUGGCAGCACUUACUUACAGAAGAUUGGUACACGUCUACAGACAACAUGGCAUCGCGUCCCAGAAGGCAGUAAAUUUCAUGAGAACCUCAGAUCUCUCAUAGCAAGCAAACAAUUUUUCUCAUGAUUGUCAUCAUCAUCAUCAUCAUCAUCCUAUUCAUUUUACAUGAAGUGAUUAAUGUUUGUGUAUUACUCGUACAUUAGUUCAUACAAGUUCGCAGUUUAAUUUCAAAUUACUCACUGGAAUGUUAUAUAUAUAUUGCAUGUUAUUUGGACAGUGUUCAUCAAAAUUGUGUAAUGAGCCAACCAGAGAGUAAUAAUUCUCAAUAAUGUCAGUGAAACUUAACCCAUGUGAAUUCUAGUACAACAGACAUUUACAUAACAGGGUGUUAUGCUUAAUCAGGGAUUGUACAUCUCUGUACAUAGUUCCUUGUUGCAUAAAAUGCAUUUGAUGCUGCUCCUGUACAUAGUUAUUGAAGACAUGAACAGACCCAGGCCUAUGGACCAGAUACACACUUCAAGAAAUCGUGAAGAAUGUUGCCAUUUUUCCCCUCCUCCGUUUCACUAAUUUAUACUUAUUUCAGAUUAACAAGUUUAUGUACUGGUUAGGUGCUUCAGUUUGACCUUACAGAAAAUUUGUCUGUCCACCAUUGCAUUUGAAUAUUCUUGAAGGCAAUGUCAUAAUUCAGUUUAUUAUGUUACUAGAAAGUAAUAACUCGAAAACUUUCAUGAAGAGGAAAUAAUACUGUUGAUAUACUCUUGUGAUAUACAAAUAUAAUGUACUUGUAUUAUGCGUACCUGUAUAAGAUUUUAUUGUAUUUUGAAAUGGACUGGAGAGCUGGGAUAACUCAGUCAAUAUAGUGAUGUGCUAUUUGCAGGAUGACUGGGUUUUAAUUCCUGGCAUGGCCAGGAGAUUUCUCUUCUCCACAGUAUCCAAAUUGGGUUUGGGGCCUACCCACCCAUCGAGUGGGUACCAGGGAUCUUUCCCCGGAGGUAAAGUGGCUGGGGUGUGAAGCUGGCCACUCACCUCUAUCUAGUG